AUGUCUAAGCUCUUUGUUGGUGGCCUGGCCUGGCACACCACUGAUGAAACCCUCCGCCAAGGAUUCCAGGACUUCGGAGUCGUCGAGGAAGCCGUCGUUGUCAAGGACCAUGAUACCAACCGCAGCCGUGGUUUCGGAUUCGUCCGGUUCGCAACCGAUGAGGAUGCCGACAAGGCUAUGGAGGCCAUGAACAACCAGGAAUUCGAUGGUCGGGUUAUCCGAGUCGACAAGGCUUCGGAGCGGCCUCGCGGCGGCGGCGCUGGAGGUGGCGGUUUCCACGGCCGGGGUGGCUACAACCAGCGUGAAGGAGGCAAUGGAGGUUACCGUGGUGGUUACGGUGGCGGCGGUGGCUACGGCGGCGGUGGUAACUGGCGUAGCCCCCAGCAGCAAUCAUACGAAUCGAACCAGAAUGCUUGA